AUGGAGAAUCCAACCAAGGAACCCAAAGGAGACUACAAUUACGAGAGUAAUUUCUCAGAUCUUGACACACUCCUACCUCCUUCAGCUUUUCCCACGAAGACUGAAGUGCUUCGAAAAUACGUCUCAUUUCCGAACUUUUCAUGGAGACUAGCAAGCCUUUUCUUCGGCUGGUACCUGUUAAACGUGGCAUACGUUAUUGAGAACAAAGUAAUUUUGAACCUCAUACCGUUGCCAUGGACACUCAGUUGCCUUCAACUUACAGUUGGAUGGCUUUUUGCAGUUCUGUUUUGGGCGACAGGGUUCAGAAGCGCACCUUUGCUGAAGUCCUAUAAAGUCUUUUUAAAGGUGUUUCUACCACAGGGACUUUGCCACCUAUUUGUUCAUUUGGGAGCAGUAGUGUCUAUGGGCAUAGGUGCAGUUUCCUUUACGCACGUGGUCAAGUCUGCAGAGCCUGUAGUAACGGCGCUGUUUUCAGCGAUAUUCCUAGACGAUUUCCUUAACCUUUAUGCCUAUCUAUCACUCGUCCCAGUGGUCGUAGGAGUCGCGCUCUCGUCGGUUAAGGAAUUAAAUUUCAGCUGGGUGGCAUUUUGGUUCGCAAUGCUGUCAAACGCCGGAAGCUCACUGCGCAGCGUUUUCGCUAAGCUAACGAUGAAAAACAAGAACGAUUUGGGAACAAACCUAACGUCCUCAAACAUUUAUAUGUUAUUAACGCUAAUCGCCUCAGUUGGAUCAGUUUUUUUGGCAUUUUUGAGCGAGUCAACCAAGUGGGUUCCCUACUGGACUAAUGCCACAUUGAAGAUGACUAAUAAGGAAAAAUACCUAGUCCUCUUCAGAACAUUCUUUUCCUGCGUCUGCUACUUCCUCUGCAACGAAAUGUCAUUCAUUUGCCUUGGAGAAGUCAACCAAGUUUCGCACGCAAUUGCAAACACCCUAAAGAGGAUCGUGCUCAUCUCCAGCUCAAUUGUGGCCUUUGGGUACAAAAUCACAACUCUAGGCUACUUCGGAAUGACAAUCGCAAUUUUAGGUGCACUCGCAUACUCCAUCUUCAAAUAA